AUGCCGCCAGCCAUAAGCGACAACGAAGACUCGGCCUCCGAAUCCGAGAUACCCUUCAAGACCCCCAUGAAGGACGAGGAUGUGGAAGAGAAAAACGGCGACGUAGAAGAGAAUGGCGCCGACGAGGAGGAGGAGGAGGCCGCCGAAGACACAUACGUGGUAGAGAAGAUCCUGUCUCAUCGUUUUCAGGAUGGCGUCGUCAUGUACGAAAUCAAAUGGCUGGGCUAUGAGAAGAAGGCCGACAGAACAUGGGAGCCCGAAUCAAAUCUCGAGGGCGCACAAGAGUCGCUGAAAGUCUACUUCAAAAAAAUCGGCGGCCGACCAGAGGUCCCAAGCGCCAAAGACAAGAAGCGCAAGAUCUCCGAAGCGGCAGCAAGCACACCCACAGGAAGUGCAACCACCGGCCGAGGACGCAAGAAGGCUAAAAGCGAGCAGGACUCAGGUCCGGACGCAGCAGAGGACAGCGCGUCUACAAAAGGCAAGGUGAAAGAGUGGCAGCCGCCGAAAGGCUCUUGGGAGGAGGAAGUGAUGCAGAUCGACACGGUGGAAGAGCCAAUCAACCCAAAGACUGGGAAGAAGGAGAGAGUCGGAUACGUGAUCUGGAACGACGGGAAGAAGACCCAGCAUCCCUUGCGGGUCAUCAAUCAGAAGUGUCCGCAGAAGAUGCUGGCAUACUACGAACAGCACUUGGUGUUCAAGGGUACCGAUGAAAUCGAGGGCGCCGCAGGCGUAUGA